GUUUACGGAGGGAGUAAUUUUCUAGUGCUAGUUAAUUGUCAUGGCUAGUCUAAUGCAAGUCCUGUUGUGACAAAUGUAUGGAAUAGAAGUUCAGAACCUUCAGAGAUACAUAGGACAGGAAGAAAGCGUCGUUCUCUCAUUUUUAAAUUUGCGUCAACUUUGGUUUAAUCGAAGCCAUACCAAAAUAGUUUGGUAUAUACCAAAACCAAAUCGCAUUUUAGUUUUAUAGUACCAAUGUACCAUAUUGACCGAAGUAUGGAUAGUGUACAUACCACAAAAGGGUAUUUACCAAACUGAAUAAACCGAAUGCAUAGAGUUAGUGGUGUGGUCUUGGGUGUCCCAUUUGUCAUGCUUGGAAGUUCCCAGUCGGUAUAAGUAGGUAUAUUAGUUGACUGGGCGAUUGGGUUUUUUAGGGACUGAUCCGUAGUGGUGGCCAUUGUGUUCAUAAUUGAGCUGCGGUGGUGGGUUUGAAUGUUUUGGAAAAUACUCUGAAUUGCAAAUACGAGGAUUGAGGUGGUAGGAAGGUAAUGGGUGGUUUGAUCUGCUUAAAUCGGGAUUUUUCAGAGUUUAUGUCACAAAUAACUUAAUUUUACAUAUGUAUACACAUGUACUGACAUUCUUGUCCAUUAGUGAGGUUGGAGCCCUCUCCCUAAAGGCUUAAGUCUGCCUUACCUUACAUAUAGUCAUGUGCCCACCACUGCCUGGCUGCAUGGUAGUGGCCACCAUUGUGUAGGGAAUCACAAUUCCCUCUCCCUCCUCGGUUCUUCCGUCCUACCCGAGGACUUUUAAGGUAAUCUUGUGUACAGUGAAAUCCAGCCGGUUGCGCAGCAUAGCUUGACUUGGAUCGAGUUCUGCUUGUGGACGGAUCUAGCAGUAGGUUAUCCAAUUUGGCCAUCAGGUUCAGCUCUACUGUGGAAGAAUUUGUUGUGAUUUCUCGGUUGAUUUUGUUUACAUCUAUGCUAAUUUCUUGGCCAAUCAACAUUUCCUCUUUCAUCCUCUUUUUAUUGCCUCUUACAGAAAUGUAGGGAAAGGCUGCGUACUAUAGACCCAAAGUGGUCGGACCCUUCCCCGGACCCUGCGCAAGCGGGAGCUACAUGCACCGGGCUGCCCUUUAUUCUUUAGUAGUAUUCACGAUGUAUUAGACUAAAUAGUCCAAAGGUUGAUUGGUAAACUGCUGCUUCAUUUAUUGACCACAUUUCUUUCUUUUCUUGAAGUUGUGUUGCCUAGCGGUAGGGUGCAAUUACAAGAAGCUUCAUUCUGUCUAUCAAGUGGAUUUUGAGUGCUCGUGACUGGCGUAUACCUGUAUGUAGAACAAAAUGUCCAGCAACAGCGGCGGUGGUACAAAGGAGAAGGGUCCCCGAAUUGCUACUCCGCUUGUGCCACCUCCCUUAGUCCAGAAUUCUAUGCCUACUGCUUCAGAUGGCCCCACCACUGAUCUGAGAUUAGCACAACAGUCCUGGCCUGGACAUGUAGUCCUGCGUCCAUGCACAUCUUGGCCUCCUCAUGUGAAUCCUGCGUAUCCACAACAAAAUGGGGAAGCAGUGGCGGAUGUGGUGGCAGCCGAUGUUCUUCCUGUGAUUAAUAGCUGCAAUGAGAAGAUGUUGCCGGAAGUAAAUAUGCUAUUUGAUGACGAGAAUGAUGCUUAUGAGUUCUACAAUAUUUAUGCGGAGAAGGUGGGCUUCUUUGUUCGGAGAUCAACACUCUGGACAACAUCGAAAAACAUCAUCACUAGGAGGACAUUUGUUUGCUCAAGAGAAGGUUUUCGGGAGAAGAAGAAGGGUGCCAAGGAAUCAAAGUGCCCACGGCCUGAAACAAGAAUUGGUUGCCCAGCAAGCAUGACCAUUAGGCUUACUCCCAAUGGCAAGUACCGUUUGACAGAAUUUGUACCAAACCAUAACCAUCAGUUGGCAACAGCUUCUACGAUUCAUAUGUUGAAAGCAAAGAAAAUUAGGCGUAAAGCACGGGCUGUGAGAGAAAAUCUGGUGGAUGAUACUGUGGUAACGCCAGAGUUUGAAAAUGAAGAUGAGGCAUAUGAAUUUUACAGCAUGUAUGCAGGGAAAAUUGGAUUUAACGUGAGAAGGGCAAGCAUGACAGUAAAUGCUGAAAAUGUUAUCACUAGAAGGAUGUUUGUUUGUUCAAAAGAAGGGUUCCGUGAGAAGAAAAGAGGAGCAAAUAGAGUAAAGAAGCCUCGUCCGGAGACACGAACUGGUUGCCCAGCGUGUAUGGUCAUCAGACUUGCAUCUAACGGCAAGUAUAAUGUCACUGAGUUUGUCACCUUCCACAAUCACGGUCUUGGCGCUGCAGCAGCUUCUGAUCUUGUGAUGACAUCACUAGCGGCUGGAAGUUAUCAAGAUUGUGGAGUAGAUUUGUAUGAUGAAUCACUAGACGAUUGUUACGGCAAGCAAAAUCUUAUCAAGGAUGAUGCCACUUCAAACAGUCUAGAAGGUAGAAGUUGGAAAAGGUACAAGUGUAAAGUUCCUCACUAUGGUGAUGUAGGUGCCACUCUGGAGUACCUACAAAAGAUGCAACAUGACAACCCUUCAUUCUUCUAUGCAGUAAAAUCUGAUGAAGAUGGGUACUUGACUAAUUUUCUUUGGGCAGAUUCCAAGUCCAUCAUGGAUUUUACCCACUUUGGUGAUGUAGUAUGCCUUGAUUCAGGAUAUGCAGUGCAAGGCUAUGGUAGGCCGAUUGCUUUGUUUACAGGUCUGAAUCAUCAUAGGCAAACUGUCAUCUUUGGUACUGCAUUACUUUAUGAUGAGAGCUUUGAAGCUUUCAGAUGGCUAUUUGAUACUUUUAAGAUGGCAAUGAAUAGUACCCAUCCCAAGACAUUGUUAACUGAUAGAUCGGCUGUGAUAAGUGAAGCUGUUGCAGUAAGUUGGCCUGAGACGGCACAUCGUUUUUGUGUUUGGCAAAUUUACCAAAAUGCUCUUCAACAGUUAAGUCAAGCAUUCCAUGGGUCAAGAACUUUAGAAUACAACUUCAAGAGAUGCCUAUUUGAUUGUGAAGAUGAGGCUGAGUUUUUGAUGGCAUGGAGAGAAAUGUUGGAAAAUCAUGACCUAAAAGAUAAUCAAUGGCUAGCAGAUCUUCUUGCUGUUAAGGAGAAAUGGGCAUUACCAUAUGGUCGUGAGGCAUUUUACGCUGAUAUGAAAAGCGUCCAACAGAAGGACAACUUGAGUAGUGAGCUUAAAAUAUAUUUAUCCCUAGAAUUCGACCUUUUGAGUUUCUUUGUGCAGUUUGAAAAAUUAUUAUGUGAUCGUCGGUCUGCAGAACUGCAACUUGAUGUGAGUGCCAAUCAAAGCACAAAGAAGCCACCUCCGAUGCGAAUAUUAAGGCAAGCUGCAAAUGUGUAUACACCUGCUGCCUAUAGAAUGUUUGAAAGAGAGUUUGAAUUGUACAUGGAUUGCAUGCUAUAUAACUGUGGCGAGAUGGGCACAAUCUGUGAGUAUAGGAUAACUGGCGAGGACAAUCCAAAAGAUCAUUUUGUUAAGUAUGAUUCGCUCAAUUCCAUGUCACAUUGUAGUUGCAAGAGGUUUGAGUUUGUAGGCAUUCCAUGUCGCCAUAUGCUGAAGGUACUUGACACUAGGAAUAUCAAGGACAUUCCUCCUCAGUACAUCUUGAAAAGGUGGAGGAAAGAUGCCAGAUCAGGAUCUUCAAAUGGUGGUUACGCGUACUCUUUUGAUGGUGAUCCUCAGACAAAGCGUCACACUUUAUUGUGUCGAAUAUUCAGUAUAGCAGCGGCUAGAGCUGCAACCUCUGCCGAAUCAUUUGCGUACAUGGAAAGCCAAUCGAGCAUACUUAUGGGUCAAGUCGAACAAUUUCUUGAAAACAGCCCCCCUGACAUAGCUGCUAUUACUGGUGCUAAUUGUGACCGUACUCAAAUUCCAGUUGAAAGUAUGAUCACAGACGGUCUGCACAAUCAUGCUAACUUUAUCGAUGGCUCUGCUGAUGAUUCUCUAACCUUUCCCUUCACAAUGGGUGCUGGUACGUUGGAUUACCGCUAGACAGGUGCUGGAUGAUGGUAUAUCUGGCUGCCAUACCAAUUUGGUGGUGCGUAGAAAUAACUAAUGAGCUGGGAAUAAUGAUGAUGGGCUUAUCGGCUGUGCAGAUCAUUUUUGAAUAGAUUUUUUUAAGGCUGCUGGAACUUUUCCAGUCCAUUUCAUAGCUUACGACUUGUCCAGUUCCACCUACCGCUUGCCCCAUGGCGCCUCAGACCGAUUACAUAUCAAGGUCGACUGUUCGACCACCAAGCGGCAAUGACUUACCAGUAGAUGAUGAUGAAAAGGGUGAUGCGUUUUGUGUGUGUGUUGUGCCUGUGUUGAUGGUGCAUGCGGCGCCUGUAGAUGUACUAGUAUGGAGGAAUGAAUGUUCAUGUCAUCUCUACACCUAUGUGAUAUAUUCUGUUUACACUUGUCAA